AUGGUGAUCAAGACCGAGACUUGCUCAUUCAGCGAAAGCCGCAUCUACCCUGGUCACGGCUCGCGUUACAUCCGUCGCGAUGGAUCUGCAUACGUAUUCAUCAAUGCAAAGAGCAAGUCGCUAUUUUUGCAGCGCAAGAAGGCUACCAAGAUCGUGUGGACCCUCGGCUGGCGCCGCAUGAACAAGAAACUCAAGGUUGAAGAAGUUUCUCGUCGUCGCGCUCGCAAAACCACUAAGAUCCAGCGUGCCAUAGUUGGUGUCUCGGCCGAUGACAUUCGCAAGAAGCGUAACCAGAAGCCGGAGAUUCGUGCUGCUGCCCGUGCCGCCUUGAAGGAGGCUAAGGAGCGUAGCAAGAUGAAAAAGACGGUCACCAAAGUUGAGCACGCUAACAAGGGAGCGAAAGGAUCCAACGCACCGCGCGCUCAGAAAAAGUCUGGCAACCGCGGUGCCAUCUAA